AUGGUGAUGGCAGAGGCACAGCAGGCUCUUAACGGUGGGAAGAUGCUGAUGGACAAAAAUGAGUCGUGGCUCUCUAAUUUCUCUUCUACAUCAUCCUUUGUGAAAGGAGCUGGCAGAUGGGCAGGGAUCGGCCUCCAGGAGGUGGCCAUUGGGCUCGUACUGACCCUCAUUGACUUGGUCACACUCCUGGGAAAUACAGUAGUCUUUAUUUGCCCGGUGGUGGAAAAGAGGUUGCGGACUGUCACCUACAUGUUUAUCAUGUCUUUGGCCAUGGCAGACUUCCUUGUGGCUUGCCUUGUCAUGCCGUUCAGCAUCAUUUACGAGGUGACGGGGAUGUGGUUAUUCGGGAAGCUGUUCUGCAAGGUCUGGAUCUCCUUUGAUGUCAUGUUCUGCACCGCUUCCAUUGUCACUCUGUGCUUUAUCAGCUUGGACAGAUACUGCUCUGUGGUGACCCCAUCUCACUAUUCCAGAAGGAUGUCCCGUGGCAGAUGCGUUGUGAUGACCUGCACAGUCUGGGUAUACUCCUCCCUUAUUUCCUUCCUUCCCGUCAUGAAGGGCUGGAAUGAGAUCCCCGGGGUGGAUUUUGAUGCAGGCACGGAAUGCAUCUUCGUCACCAACUGGAUUUUUGCCAUCGUAGCAUCUGCUCUUGCGUUUUUCGUCCCCUUCAUGGUCAUGUGCAGUAUGUACUUCUUCAUCUAUCGAGCUUCCCGGCUCAAGGCCACUCGUAUCGUGUCUCAGACCCUGGACAUCCACUACCACCCUAACAGCAAGCGGCAGAACCACCUGCAGCUGGAGAACAAGGCCACACGGACCAUCAGCAUCAUCAUUUCUGUCUUUGUGCUGUGUUGGCUGCCAUACUUUGUCCUGAACGUGUGGCUUGCUGCCAGGGGCAGCAACUCUGCAAGCACAGUCCUGGUUGAAACCUUCAAGAUCAUCACUUGGUUGGGGUACUGCAAUUCCACUAUCAACCCCGUGCUCUAUGCUUUCCUCAACAGGGACUUCCAGCGGGCACUGAGGAAGCUGCUCAUCUGCAGGCACAGGUCUCAGGUGGAUAUUGGAGAAGACAUGGUUUCCAUAGCCACCUUCACCAAGACUGCUCCAGACUUGGACUACAGCAUUACAGUGCCAGUGCCCAGUGAUGCCCAGCAGGGCAAGCCCAAGCAAUAG